UGCCGGUGCAAGAUGAAGGUAGAGAAAUAAAAAUCAGGCGCAGGUUUACGACCUGUGGCGGGAUGUUUGGUAGCUUUACCAUCCUCGCGAGAAGGCGUCCACAGGCGGAGGAUAAAGCUAAAUGAUAGCUAAAGGAGUUGAGCGAGCCCACCAAGGAGGAGAAGGCAGUGGCCAAGUACCUUCGAUUCAACUGCCCCACCAAGUCCACGAACAUGAUGGGCCACCGAGUGGACUACUUCAUUGCCUCCAAGGCGGUGGACUGUCUACUGGACUCUAAGUGGGCCAAGGCUAAGAAGGGAGAGGAGGCGCUUUUCACCACCAGGGAGUCUGUGGUGGACUAUUGCAACAGACUUCUAAAAAAGCAGUUCUUCCACCGCGCUCUCAAAGUGAUGAAGAAAAAACCUGAGAAAGACACCAAGAAGGAGAAGGAGAAAGACAAGAGCAAAGGCGACAGCAGCAAAGAGGAGGAGAAAAAGGGGAAGAAGGAGAAGAAGAAAGAGUCUGAGGCUGCUGAAACCAAGAAAGAGAAAAGUGAUGACAGUCCUGGAACCCCCAAGAAGAAGAAGGAGGUGAAGAAGAAGUUUAAACUGGAGCCUCAUGAUGAUCAGCUGUUUCUGGAUGGAAAUGAGGUUUAUGUGUGGAUUUAUGAUCCUGUCCAUUUUAAGACAUUUGCCAUGGGACUGAUCCUCGUCAUCGCAGUGAUAGCAGCCACACUGUUCCCACUGUGGCCAGCAGAAAUGCGUGUAGGAGUUUACUAUCUAAGUGUUGCAGCAGGCUGCUUCGUGGCCAGUAUAUUGCUUCUCGCUGUUGCCCGCUGCAUUCUCUUCCUGAUCAUCUGGCUAGUGACCGGUGGGCGCCAUCACUUCUGGUUCCUCCCCAACUUGACGGCAGACGUUGGCUUCAUCGACUCGUUCAGGCCGCUCUACACUCACGAGUACAAAGGACCACGAGCCAGCAGCAAGAAAGGCUCAGACAAGACGGGCGAGAAAGACAACGCUGCCAGCACCAAGGCUCAGAAGUCAGACAGUGAUGAGAAGUCAGACAGUGAGAAAAAGGAUGGCGACGAUGAGGAGGAGGAGGAAGAGGAGGAGGGCAAAGAGGCAGGGAUAGAGGAGAGUAAAGAUGUAGGGGGCGUGGACCGCCACUCUGACACAGACAGCGACCGGCGAGAGGACGAAGGCUCACAGCACAGCAACGGAAAUGACUUUGAGAUGAUCACCAGGGAAGAGCUGGAGCAGCACACGGAGGAAGAGGAGGACGAUGACAAAGAGGAGGAGGAGGAGGAGGAGGAGGAUGAUGACGAUGAGGAGGAGGAGAGACAAGAGAGGAAAGAAGAAGAUGGGAGUGAGACUAAACCCCAGACUGCAGAAACAUAAACUUCUUACAGUCCCAUCACUCUCUACUUCUCUCUCUCUGUCCUUGCCUCCAUUCCUCCUGUGACCCCCAGGACCCGAUAGCCUGGCCUCUCUGAGCCCAUUGAGGCCAAGGAGAGACUCAGUCUUUUGUUGUUGAGAUCUUCCACUAAACAGCACCGACAGACCAGUACAGGGAUAGACACAACACUGAAAAGCGGUUACAACAAAUGGGGGGAAAAAGGAAGCCUAUGGUGGAUUUGAUCCCUCCCACCCAAAUGUUACUUAUGUGAAAAAGAAAGCUGCCACCGGACAUGUUUGCCUGAGGAAGGUGUCAACAAAAUCCUAUCAAACCAACAGUAAUAUGUUCUCCUUUUCUUGGUUUCUGCUUUUUUGUGUCUGUCGUUUCAACUCACUUUCAUUUAUGUUCUCUGUCUCAGGUUUAGUUUGGGUGUUUUGUGAGUGAGGUCAAAUCCAGAUCUGAACUGACCAGUAAGAGAUCUUGCCGUUUGCUUGCCCCAUUUUUUUUCUGUUUCAUUGUUGCCUUUGUGCUCUGUGUUGUAGGUAGUUCAUUUUCAUUCACCUUUUCUUUUUUCUUUUUUUUUUUUAGUAUAUGGUAGUUUAACUCUGACAGGAGCACACUUCACAUCCAUGCCAGCACAUCUGAUAACUUUUAGGCAGAACUUGAAGAAAACUGACCAGUGUGUCUGCUCUGUAGC